AGCUGUUCGAUGUCGGUAGCGCCAUCUGGUGGGUGACGCUACGUACGUUAAAUGAAAGACGGCGGAGUAACAUUUCCGUGUUCACGAUUUUACCGUGUGACUGAACGAAUUCACUGGGUCGUUUAAUCGACGAGAUGUGAGCGACGACAUUAUAGAAUGUCGUUUCUAAUUGAUUGUCCGGUGGUCCACAUCAACGAGUAGCGGAAUUCGGCUGCCUUGGAAAUUAUUGUGCGCUCUCAGAUUGAAUAACUACGGUUUUAUAUCAUACAUGACGACGACGGUUAUCCGGGGGAAUCGAUCUUUUGUUUAAUUGGUGAGCUUUAUCUCGUCGCGUCGUUGAGGCAAAAGUCGACGAAAGAAUGCCAUGCAGAAGGCCAAAGACGAUCGUGUCAAGAUCACGACGCAUCAUUUUCGGAUCAGCAUCGAGGAAGAAGCGGACGAAGAAAACGGGGAGGUGGAAAGCCCAGCCGCGAAACCCGACCGAAGGAUCUCCAUCACGAUCGAGGCAGACUCCGGUAUAGUGACACUCGCGCCGCAAGAUGCGGAAACGCAGUGUCUUUCAUCUGCCGGCGAGCAGGAAGCCGCCGCCGCAGCUUCGUCGGAGAGGCUUCGAAGAGCUUGGAUCGAGCAGGAGAAGAAGGUGCAAAGCUUCGAAUCGAAAACGUCGAGGAACUCGGACGACUCACAGUCAGACAGUCGAUCGGUCAAAGAAGUAGAUUCGAGAGGACCGACUGGCCAGAAGAAGAGCAACGAUGAAAACUUGUACGACGAUUCGGAAAGAAGAACUUCCGAAGAAAGUCGCGGGAUCUUUGUUACCGGUGGUUCAGUUUUGGAUCGAAAUUUUGGCGUUCUCUGUUCGAAGAUCGACAAAAAUUCCUACGAAUGUGCAAAUUCUACGAAGAAAUUGGAGCACGGUGCGAGUUCCCUUCCUUCUGAGAGAUCGAAUCGUUCGGUAUCGACGCCCAAGUGCUACAUCGAGGAGUCUUUGUCGCCGUACGAAACCUCCGGCGAUUUGCAGAGUGAUCGAGACGCGCAGUUGCGAAACUUACGAUUGAACGAGAGGACACAACAGUCGGUGAUAGCUGCGGAAGUCGAGGAAACCAGGAUUCUCGAUCCGAGUAGUACAGUUGCUCCUCCAGGAGGAGUGUACGCCUCCCCUCUUCUGAUCAGACGACGUUGCAAGCUCGUGUCCGCGUUCCUUAAACGUUCCUCCAGCCUGGAAGACGUCUCAACGAAAAAGGUAAACGAUCCUCGUCAAACGCGGCGGGAUUCCGUCAGAACUAAUAAUAAUAAUAACAGGAACAACACGAGCCAUCCUAGAGAUUCAGAGAAGGAAACCCAAGUCAAAGAGCAAAGAAGAUCGACGUUGCCUAUGGUCCACGUGGAUUCGGAUUCAACCGACGCGCCAAAGACUCCCAGCUAUCGGAAUGUUUUGUCAGGGACGAGCGUCAAUCCCAUCAGGAGGCCCAGCAUAACAAGCAUGGCAAUUUGCUCGAGCUUAGCACCGAGCUUGGUCAGUGCUUAUCCAGGCAUUCCGAACUGUUUGCUGCCCGCGGAGAAAGGAGCCGAGUCGUCGAACAAUAGUUCGACGACCAUCAACGAACAAGCGUCAGAGAGAAGCGGAGCGAUCGGUCUGAAGCUAAAGUUGCCGUUUCUUCGACUUCACAUGCCUGCUCAGCAGCCGGCCACCGACUGGGAGGAGGUUAAGGAGGAGAAGGAGGAGGAUCCCAACCGUCAUUCACACCAUCAUCAUCAUCAUCAUCACCAUCAUCACCACGUGCUCCCGCAUUUUCAUGUACCCACGUUCACGUUCACACCAUCGUCAACCAGCGACGGUGAGCCUGGCCGGAGGUUCAACUUCGGAAUUCGCAGACACUCGCUGACGACCUUGCAUCGGACUGACUCGAUGGUAUCACUCUGCUACCGAACUCUCGCCAGCUAUAUCACGGAUGAUAAUCUCGCUGGUCUCCAAAACUUUCUGGAAAACAAACGUGUACAGAUCGAUGACCGGGACGAGAAUGGUAGCACAGCCCUCAUCCUUGCAGCAACUAAGGGAAAGAUACACUUUGUGCGAGAGCUUAUCAAUCAUGGAGCGGAUGUCAACGCAGAGGAUGGGGAUAAUUGGACAGCGUUGCUUUGCGCGGCCAAGGAAGGCCAUACGGACGUAUGUCUCGAGUUGCUCGAACACGGAGCCGAUCUGGAACACAGAGACAUGGGAGGGUGGACUGCACUUAUGUGGGCGACGUAUAAGGGUAGGUCGCCAACGGUGAUGUUGCUGCUGACACGAGGAGCUGACGUCAAUGCGCACGGAAAUUUUCAUAUAUCCUCGUUGUUGUGGGCUGCGGGCAGAGGUUACCCUGACAUUGUUAAAGAUCUUAUUGCUCAUGGUGCUAAAGUCAAUGUCGGCGACAAGUACGGCACUACAGCGUUGGUGUGGGCGUCGCGUAAAGGCCACGUAGAAAUUGUAGAUACUCUUUUAAAAGCUGGUGCUAAUGUCGAUACUGCUGGCAUGUAUUCGUGGACAGCACUUCUAGUAGCCACUCUCGGGAAUCACGUAGAUGUGGUGAUACACCUUUUGGAUCAUAAACCGAACGUAAACGCGUUAGAUAAAGAUGGAUGUACUGCCCUAGCGAUAGCUUGCCGAGAGGGGCAUCACGAAAUAGCAAAUGCCCUUUUGAAUGCCGGUGCUUAUGUGAACAUUCAAGAUAGGGCUGGUGAUACGAAUUUAAUUCAUGCUGUGAAAGGUGGCCAUAGAGGAGUGGUAGAAUCUCUUUUAAAAAAAUACGCUGACGUCGACAUCGCCGGGAAGGAUAAAAAAACUGCAACCUACAUAGCAGUAGAGAAAGGCAAUAUAUCAAUAUUGAAACUGUUAUUAAAUGCUAAUCCAGACUUGGAAAUUGCAACAAAAGACGGCGAUACUCCGUUACUACGCGCAGUUCGGUCGCGAAACGCCGAGGUCGUACAAUUAUUGCUAGACAAGAAAGCCAAAGUAUCAGCUACCGAUAAAAAGGGUGAUACUGUGCUUCACAUAGCUAUGAGGGCAAGAUCGAAAGCCAUAGUCGAAAUAUUAUUGAGAAAUCCAAAAAAUAGUCAACUACUUUACCGUCCCAAUAGACAAGGCGAAACUCCUUACAAUAUCGACAUUAAUCAUCAAAAGACCAUUCUUGGACAAAUAUUUGGUGCACGUCGUCUUAAUACCAAUGAAGAUAAUGAAAAUAUGCUUGGUUACGACUUGUACAGUAGUGCACUAGCAGAUAUUCUAAGUGAACCAUCUCUUUCAACUCCUAUAACGGUUGGCCUUUACGCGAAAUGGGGUUCAGGAAAGUCAUUUUUGUUAAAUAAACUGAGAGAGGAAAUGAAAAAUUUUGCUCGUCAGUGGAUGGAUCCAGUAUUCCAAUUUUCUUUCUUAUUGUUCAUAAUAGUAACUCACGUAUCUUUGUUAGUGGGUAUUACGAUAGGUCUUGCCCUCCAAUCAUGGAUCGUUGGUCUUGCGUGUGGUAUAAGUCUUAUUUUUAUUACGUAUGCUUUCUUGAUACUCGUCUGGUAUGCCAACAAAAGAUACGGCUGGUACUGGCCGUACAGCUUCACGGUAGCUCUGACCACGAAAUUGAAUUCAUUGAAACUGCUGUUACAAGUGAUUUUCUGUCAUCCUCCUGGUGGUCGAGUUCACGACGGUGUUACUGUUCAGCCAAUAAAGUUCUAUUUCACUGAUCAGACCCGAGUCGGUACAACCGCUGCCGGUGAAAACGCAGUGGUGCAAAUGGUGGGAUCACUUUACGACUCCAUCGAGAAUGACUUUGGUUCUCUGCCUACGCGGCUGUACAGAGCGUUCAGACCGAAACCAGAUAAAUCGACAACAACGUGGAAAUGGAGGCAUCUUUGUUGUCUACCGUAUAUCGUUAUAUUCGAAUUCUGCUUUUGCAGUUUACUUGUUGGUAUUUCUGUACUUACGGUCUACCUCAUCGAUAUUUCUAGUAGCGACAAACCAACAAUAGAAAGAGUCACGGCACACAUUAUCAUGAUAACCGUUGCCUUAAUACUAGCUAUUAGUAUAAUAGCAAACUUAUACACAUGGAGUCGUACGUUGCAAGCACUUGUUUUUUCUCAAAGGCGGCAUCUGCAGCGCAGCAUUUCUAAGUUAGAGACUUUAAAAAGCGAAGGUUUUAUACAAACGCUAAAAAGCGAAGUCAAUUUAAUGACAGAGAUGGUUAAAUGCCUAGAUAGUUUUAUGGCGCAACAAAGCAGAUUAGUUAUAAUUGUGGAUGGUCUGGAUAGUUGUGAACAAGAUAAAGUGUUGUUAGUUUUAGAUGCUAUACAAGCACUGUUCAGUGAUAAUGGUUAUCCGUUUGUUGUUAUAUUAGCGAUCGAUCCGCACAUUAUCGCCAAGGCAGUGGAAGUCAAUAGUAGAAGAUUAUUCACAGAGUCUAAUAUCGGAGGACACGAUUAUUUACGUAAUAUGGUGCAUCUUCCGUUUUAUUUGCAAAAUAGUGGCUUGCGAAAGGUAAAAGUUGCUCAACAAACUGCCCAACAUAGUAAAAAAACUGCGUGGACCGAAGCUGAGGAGAGUGUUAAUUACACCGCUACCAGUACAAUGCAUCACUCUGUUUCGAACAGAAGACUCAGCACAGAGUCCGGUAUAAUGAACAGCAAUGAAAAAUUGAAACCACAAAGUAGAAAAGGCAGUAGAAAAUUAAGACUAAGCGAGUCAAUCGCGAGCAGUAUCGGUAGCAAUUUGAAUCGACUAGGCGGGGCACAGGAUCUGAAUAAAAUGCUUCUCACCGACGAUUACUUCAGCGACGUAAAUCCUCGUAGCAUGAGAAGAUUAAUGAACGUCGUUUAUGUCACUGGGAGGUUGUUAAAAGCAUUCCAAAUCGAUUUCAACUGGUAUCAUUUAGCUAGUUGGAUCAAUAUCACCGAGCAAUGGCCGUUUCGAACGUCUUGGUUAAUUCUUCAUUACGAUAUGUAUGAGGAUAGUUUAGAUGAUUCCAUGUCGUUGAAAAGUCUUUAUGAUAAAAUACGACCCCAAAUUCCAGUACUUAAGGAAGUUCAGCCUCUGUUAGAAAUGGAUCGAGAUGAGCGGAAACUGGAUAUUUUUCUGACGUUUCAUCGUUCUAGUUUGCUCGUUAGCGAUAUGAAGAUAUUCUUGCCGUUUACAAUAAAUCUCGAUCCUUACAUUAAGAAGAAAAUAAAAGAGGAGCAACAGAGUAUAGAAGAAGAAGCAGCGCUUGGUACGUACAAACAGUACACACCUUGGACUUUGCACAAUAAUGGUCAUGAACCAUGGAGUGCAAAUAAAAGUGGAUUACCAAGCCGGGCAAUGAAACUUGUUAAAACGCCAAGUUUACAAGGGCACGUACCAGUGCCGUCAACACCAUCGUGGGUGCAGCCUUGUAUACAGCCAACGUUUGAUUGGCAGACCUCAGCAUGGGUACAAAUGCCUCCGAUGGAACCGACAAUUAAACCACUCUCUGCAACUACAAUGUUACCGUCCGAAAUUUUGGAGAUAAGGCUUUCAUCUUUAACAGUAAAUGGAAUUUGCGAUCUCAUUGAUAGGAUCGAAAGUAUAAAUCCCAAUCAAGCACCACAGUACAAACAAGUUAUUAAGGAGAAUAACAUUAAUGGUAGAGUUUUAUUACACUGUGAUUUACAGGAGUUGAAAAAGGUUCUUAAAAUGGCUUUCGGAGAUUGGGAGUUAUUUCGUAUGGUGAUUGCGUCACUUAGAGAAUUAGAAGUUUCGUCAUUUAGCACGCACGAAGAAGGCCCACGGAGUGUUCGAUUCACCGUAGGAUCGGAACAAAUUCAACGAAAAGAUCAUGCUUUGCAAAGUACUUCGAUACGUGUGCCAACGCUUGUUGAAAAAGACAAGGGAACAUCGAGAACUGAUGGCCCCUCUAGGCGAGAUCAGACAAAACAAUCAGUCAUGGAAAAGCAAUUCCAGGUAACUUUAGAAGAACAGAUGAUAUGCGGUGCGUUACAAACUUUAAAUGAAGAAGCGUGCGAGGAUGUAUUAGAUGUGCCAUCUUCUGCAGUGGUACCAUCAGACUCACUCGCAGGACCCAUCUCGACGGCUUCUCAGGAUACCGAUUACGUGAUUCUUCAACCCAAUCCUCUCCUGCAUUGGGUACCGAUCAACGACGAGCCAGAAACAUCAGACGACAGUUCGUUCGAGUCGACGGUUCAUCUUCAACGUACAAACUCGCAGCGCAGUAUUACGUCUCAGCUUAGCAUCAGAUCGGCCUGUUCGUUCGGGCGCAAAGAGCUGAAAAAGAGCGGGGGCAAUUCCGCAAGUAGUAGACCAGCGUCGCUUUUCGUGUCACCACCGCCUUCUCCUAGACCUGCCUUCAGAUCCAAGUCGACGGAUGAGAACUACGUAGCUAACAAUAUACCUAUGAAAUCGGCCAUCUCCACGCCUAUUAAGAAACGACGCUCGACGUCGACUUUAAACGACGAGAUCGUUCUGUCGGUUCCCGUUCCGAAUUCCAGCUUGGAGAAACUAAGCAAGCUGAAGGAUCGUCUUAUGGGGACCUUGCCGACUUCGCCUGCCCCGGGCGAAAGCGAGGACGAGUCCACGCCGUUGGUCUCCGAGUUAUCCACCCCAACUCACUCGCAGUCGGACAGCGUGUUCAAACAUGACUGUAGCGAGGAGAACAGCAGCUCGAUCUCUUCGAACAAAAGUUUGCCGCGCGACGGGGAACGAUCUGUCGACGUUGUCGAUUAUUCUGAUACUGUUAGCCUAAUGGUGCGCGAGUCCUCGCACGUACAUUUCCUGCCGCGUCAAGACGCCGAGGAAUGGGACAACCCCGAGACACCCGUUUGAUACCAUCUGCCACACACCUGUUAGCCAGUCUCCUUCAUAUGCAAUAACGUAUGACGAAACAACAUUAAGUAUAGUGGUACUUAAGUCAGGAAGCUUGUGAUAUAUAUAUUUUCAGAGAGGAGGAUAGUUUGAGGGGCAGCGUUUGAGAAGUUAUCACUUUGUAAAUGAGAAAGUGUGGAACUUUUUAGACAAAGCUUGACUCGAAGAUGCUCGUGUGCAUCGGAAAGAAUUUAUUGAGAGAAUAUAAUAUUAUAAUAUAGAGUCGAAGAGAGAAUGCCUUUUGUGCGAUUAUGCGUGUGAUAUGUUUGAGUUCAUGAGUUGCAGAAAAUACCAUCACGGUCUAACAUUCCUUAGUAUCAAUUUUAAUGCAUUUAACAAGACGCCAUCAACUUCUUCUUCUUCCUCCUUUUUUUU